AUGGACACAGCAAACCGAACCGCAGUGACAGAGUUUAUUUUCCUGGGGUUCUCGAGCUCUCCAUCCCUGCAGCUCAUGCUCUUUGCCACCUUCCUCGCUGUGUACCUGCUCUCCCUCAUGGGAAACACCCUCAUCAUCUUCCUUGUUCUCAUGGACUCCACACUCCAGACACCCAUGUAUGUCUUCCUAGGGAAUCUGUCCUUCUUAGAGAUCUGGUACACCACGGCUACUAUGCCUAAGUUGCUGGACACCUGCCUCUCCACAGUUGUCACCAUCUCUGUUCCCGGAUGCAUUGCCCAGCUUUAUUUCUUCUUCUCUAUGGGAGCCACAGAGUGCAUCCUGCUUGCUGUGAUGGCCUAUGAUCGGUACGUGGCCAUCUGCCGCCCUCUGCACUACUCGCUUCUCAUGAAUGCUCAAAUCUGCCUCAAGUUUUCAGCUGGGUCUUGGAUUGGGGGCUUCUGUGCUACUCUUCCCACUACCAUACUCAUUUCUCAACUAAACUUUUGUGGCCCCCGGAAGAUCAACCAUUUCUUCUGUGACUCAGAUCCCGUUUUCAAACUCUCCUGCUCAGACACAUUCUUCGUAGAAGCCUUGAGUUACACUUUCAGCUCAGUCGUGAUUCUAAGCUCUUUCCUUCUCACUGUGUCCUCUUACGGCAAUAUUGUGACCACAGUGCUCAGGCUGUCUUCCCAAGAGGCUCGGAAGAAGACUUUCUCCACCUGUGCCUCCCACCUGACCAUAGUCACCAUCUACUAUGGCACCAUUAUCUUUGCCUAUGUCCGCCCUCCGGCCAAGUACAACUUCACCAUUGGUAAAAUGGUCUCCGUGUUCUACUGUGUGGUCACCCCUCUGGUAAACCCUCUCAUCUACACCCUGAGGAACCAAGAGGUGAAGAAAGCUUUCAGGAAAUUUCUAGUACAAAAGACUAUUUUAUUCACUAGAAUAAUUAAGAACUUUUGA